AUGGCUAAGCAGAAGGCCGUGGCUCAGAUUGACGGAGACUGGGAAGAGCCAUAUAAUGAGUUACUGCAAUGGCUGCUAGGUGUGCAGAUGACGAUGCCAGGUAGUGUUGCAGUGUUGAGGACGAGUCCUGUGCGACUGGGUGGCCAAGUCGAUGAGUCGCAUGCUUAUUUCCACCGUCUUUUUUGGACAUUCCCACCAUGUAUCGAGGCCUUCCAACAUUGUAAGCCUCUGGUUAGUGUUGACGGGACCCACUUGUACAGCAAAUAUGGUGGUACACUGCUGGUUGCGAUUGCUCAGGACAGCAAUUCCAAUAUCAUCCCUGUCACAUUCGCCCUUGUGGUGGGUGAAAAUGCAGAGUCGCAAUUAUUUUUCUUAUCCCACCUUCGACAACAUGUAAUGCCUCAACCAGGUAUCUUGGUCAUAUCGGAUAGGCAUAACGGGAUCAAGACUGCACUGGAGGCUCCUUAUGGGGGUUGGCUUCCACCUAAUGCAUACAUGGCAUUUUUUAUCCGAUACGUGGUGGCAAACUUUGCCCUUAGUUUUAAGGGCAAGGAUGCUAGGAGAUUUCUAGUCAAUGUUGCUUAUGCAAAGACCGAGGUCGAGUUUGACUAUUGGUUUGACAUCUUCCGCUCUGAAGACUUGGCCAUGUGUGACUGGCCUAAUUGGAUUGACUAUGCACGGUGGACUCAGCAUCGCGAUGAAGGUAGGAGGUUCGGGUAUAUGACUACGAACAUAUCCGAGUGUGUAAACUCGAUUUUGAAGGGUGUAAGGAACCUUCCGGUUUGUUCAUUGGUGAAGUCCACCUUUGGGAGAUUAGCAGAGCUUUUUGUUCAUAAAGGAAGAGAAGUAGAGGCACAAUUAGGAAUCGAGAAGCGGUUUAGUCAGCAUUUGAUGAAGGCAAUUAAGGCUAAUCUGAAGGCCUCAAGGUGUUUCACGAUGACUUUGUACGACAGGGUCACAGGGAUAAUUCUGAGUUCACCAUGGUUGAGACAACACCGACUGACAGCUUUUCACUUGGAUCUUACAAAGUGUCCCUCAAGGACCACACCUGUGAUUGCGGAUAUUUCCAGGCUCUUCAUUAUCCAUGUCGCUAUGCCUUAG